GAAGAUUGGUUGAGGAGAGGGUACUGUCAGGAGGCCAAGACAUAUGGUGAUGUUCCACUGCGUGUUGGAUUUAGACCCAGAAAAAUCACAGUAUUUCUCAAUCCAGCUGCUCAUGAUGGAAAAGCGAGAAAAUUAUUUGAAAAGAACGCAGCUCCUAUUUUAUACUUGGCAGGAAUGGAAGUCAAUGUUGUUAAGACUGAGUAUGAAGGACAAGUCAAACAGUUUUUAAACGUAGUAGAAAGUAAAGAUACAGAUGGUAUUAUAGUUGCUGGGGGUGAUGGAACUUUACUAGAGGCUGUGACAGGAUUUAUGAGAAAAGAAGAUAAGAAAUUCCGUAACACGGUACCUAUUGGUAUUAUACCACUGGGAAUAACUAAUAAAUUCGCUCAGAUUGUUUAUGGUUCAGAUAUAGAAAGUGUCAGAUUUAUUUGUGAAGCAGCUAUGGCAGUAGUGAAAGGAGUCAGUCAAAAAUAUGAUGUGAUGAAAAUUGACGUAAGUUUUUUAAUUUUGAAGAGAUUGUUAAGACAUCUAAACUUUAUAUAUAUAUAUAUUGAUUAUUGA